AUUAUAUAGAGAGAAAUCCUGAAAUGUUUUCCUCAAAAAAACUAUUUCUUCACAACUGAGGAAAGAAAGACAUGAACAUCUUGGAUGACAAGGGGAUCUACAUGGAGUUUAACAGGAUUGCUGGUAAGAACCUGAAAAAGGAAUUUUAUGAGUCCCUUGAUCGACAUAGUACAUGCCUCUUGGACAUUUUCAGAGCCAAAAAGGGAGUUGCUGGUCAGCUCUUGAUGGACCUUCUGAAGCAAACAAAGUUGUCAGAGCCAACUGAGGUCCGAACUCUUGUGCUCCAAGGACUACCUCUUGUGUUUGGAGAUGACUCCCCUGCUUUCUUCAAGACAUGUUUGAUGUCCGAUGAUCGCAGCUCGAAUCUUGACGUUCCAGUGGGGAUUGUAAUAGUUGAAGAUGGGACUACUCUUCAGCCUCUCAACUCUCUGCAUUUGCCUCUCUCCUCAUUUGGGAUAGUAAUUGAGGGAAAAGUGGUGAUGGACAAUCUACGUGACCUUCCUGAAUCAAUGUGCCUUCUGUUUGGACUAAUUUAUGCGUUACACUUAAAUUACCCAAAGUCACUGAAGUACACAUUUGAAUUUAUUCAACGCAUUCUCCUUUCCAUGGGGCAGAAAGACCUGCAGCCUAAGAUACAAUCCUUGGCUAACCAGCUGUUCCAUUAAAAUGGAUAAACAAGAUCAGCACAUGCA